AUGAAGCUCUUCUUGUUCACUGCUUUGUUGGGUCUCCUUCCGCUGGCGCUGGCCGCCAAAGUACUCAAGUCCGUUAUCGUGACCUUUCCCAAGGGAACGCCUUCCGGAGUGAUUGACCAGGCGAAGGAUUCAAUCGUGGCUUCCGGUGGCGUCAUCACGCAUGAAUAUCAUCUCAUCAAUGGAUUCGCCGCUGAGGCUCCGGUCAAUGCUCUCCAGACACUCUCCACCCAGGACACCCAAUAUAAACCCGAGAUUGAGGAGGACAAGAUCGUGUCUAUAAAUGGUGACUAUGAGGGUGACAAGCUCUCUCUUUGA